ACUUGUCAAAAACAAACCAUACGUGGGAAGCUACGAGAAACCUAAGAGUACAUGUCCAGAGCAAGACCAGGACAAAAUUCACUCUCAAACAGAUCAGAUCACCAUUUCAUCAUCAGUUUCGUCCCCUUUAAUACAUAACACUUGUAAACUGCUACUAUAAUAUAAAUCGAAUUAUCAAGAAUCGAACUUGAAGAUGAUCAACGCAAUAAGAUUAACCACAAUUAGAGCACAAUCACCCUCUGUAUUCUCAAAUCCUUUGCCUUAUCAUAUUGGUCGAAAGUCCUCUGAAAUCAGAUUCAGACAAGUCGUAACAUCGGCUGGCCAACCGGACAAUACCAACAAGAUGGAUCAAACUAAGAAACCUGCAGACGAAGCAGAACACAAAGCUGCGGACACAAUGUCGAGCAGCUUUGGAGAUGGAUAUGCGACGAGAUCGGAUGAAGAAGGUUUUGGAGGCGUUUAUGGAGGAAACAAAGAGGAUGAGGAAAAGAUAAUCCAUGGAAAAGCCCCUGAGUAUGAUACUAAUCAAGGAAGUGAAGUCAAAGAGAAGGAGAAGGCACGUAAUCAGCGUCAAGCAGCAUAAAAAAACUGCCAUUCCUGUUUAGUUGGUGACAGAGAAAAUUGCCGUGCCUAGUUUACUUUUAUAUGUGAUAUGUAUUCUCCUUCGCUUUUACGUAGUAUGAAGCCUGAGUAUGUAAAUUGCAUCCCUGUUUGGGAGUGUGUGGAUGCUAGAGGUUUUUACCCAACUCGUUCCUAUAAAUUCUUUCACUAAUUAAUUUGCGGUGUUUAAUUUUGAA